GAGGCUGGCCCGGCGCAUGAGCAGCUCCGCCGAAAGCCGACUGAAGCAGGGCGAAGGGGGAGGGUCUCGAGGCGAGUUCAGCUCCUCCGAGGGAAGGACCCCAGCUGGAGUGGAAAACCGGCACCAGCCGACAGCAGAGAGCCGGGCUGAUCAUGGAGAGGGCCGGCCCCGGCUGCGCGCGGCCGCAACAGCAAUGGGACCAGGACUCGGUCGAAGCGUGGCUGGACGAUCACUGGGACUUUACCUUCUCUUACUUUGUUAGCAAAGGCACCAGAGAAAUGGUCAAUGCAUGGUUUGCUGAGAGAGUUCACACCAUCCCUGUGUGCAAGGAAGGAAUCAAAAGCCACACGGAAUCCUGCUCUUGCCCCUUGCAGCCAAGUACCCGUGCAGAGAGCAGUGUCCCUGGAACACCAACCAGGAAGAUCUCUGCCUCCGAAUUUGAUCGGCCGCUUAGACCCAUUGUUAUCAAGGAUUCUGAGGGGACUGUGAGCUUCCUCUCUGACUCAGACAAGAAGGAACAGAUGCCUCUAACCUCCCCACGGUUUGAUAAUGAUGAAGGGGACCAGUGCUCGAGACUCUUGGAAUUAGUGAAAGAUAUUUCUAGUCACUUGGAUGUCACAGCCUUAUGUCACAAAAUUUUCUUGCAUAUCCAUGGACUCAUCUCCGCCGACCGCUACUCCUUAUUCCUCGUCUGUGAGGACAGCUCCAACGACAAGUUUCUUAUCAGCCGCCUCUUUGAUGUUGCAGAAGGUUCAACACUGGAAGAAGCUUCGAAUAACUGUAUCCGCUUAGAGUGGAACAAAGGCAUCGUGGGACACGUGGCUGCUCUUGGCGAGCCCUUGAACAUCAAGGACGCCUAUGAGGAUCCUCGAUUCAAUGCAGAAGUUGACCAAAUUACAGGCUACAAGACACACAGUAUUCUUUGUAUGCCAAUUAAGAAUCAUAGGGAAGAGGUUGUUGGUGUAGCCCAGGCCAUCAACAAGAAAUCAGGAAAUGGUGGGACAUUCACUGAAAAAGAUGAAAAGGACUUUGCUGCUUACUUGGCAUUUUGUGGAAUUGUUCUUCAUAAUGCUCAACUCUAUGAGACUUCACUGCUGGAAAACAAGAGAAACCAGGUGCUGCUUGACCUUGCUAGCUUAAUUUUUGAAGAACAACAAUCAUUAGAAGUAAUUCUAAAGAAAAUAGCUGCCACUAUUAUUUCUUUCAUGCAGGUGCAGAAAUGCACCAUUUUCAUAGUGGAUGAAGAUUGCUCCGAUUCCUUCUCUAGCGUGUUUCACAUGGAGUGUGAGGAAUUAGAAAAAUCGUCGGAUACUUUAGCACGGGAACGUGAUGCAAACAGAAUCAAUUACAUGUAUGCUCAGUAUGUCAAAAAUACUAUGGAACCACUUAAUAUCCCAGAUGUCAGUAAGGACAAAAGAUUUCCCUGGACAAAUGAAAACAUGGGAAAUGUAAACCAGCAGUGCAUUAGAAGUUUGCUUUGUACACCUAUAAAAAAUGGAAAGAAGAACAAAGUGAUAGGGGUUUGCCAACUUGUUAAUAAGAUGGAGGAAACCACUGGCAAAGUUAAGCCUUUCAACCGAAACGAUGAACAGUUUCUGGAAGCUUUUGUCAUCUUUUGUGGCUUGGGGAUCCAGAACACACAGAUGUACGAAGCAGUGGAAAGAGCCAUGGCCAAGCAAAUGGUCACGUUAGAGGUUCUGUCUUAUCACGCUUCAGCUGCAGAGGAAGAGACCAGAGAGCUCCAAUCCUUAGCGGCUGCUGUGGUGCCGUCUGCCCAGACCCUUAAAAUCACCGACUUCGGCUUCAGCGACUUCGAGCUGUCCGACCUGGACACAGCGCUGUGCACAAUCCGGAUGUUCACGGACCUCAACCUCGUGCAGAGCUUCCAGAUGAAACAUGAGGUCCUUUGCAGGUGGAUUUUAAGUGUGAAGAAGAACUAUCGGAAGAACGUCGCCUAUCAUAAUUGGAGACAUGCCUUCAAUACGGCUCAGUGCAUGUUCGCUGCACUAAAAGCAGGCAAAAUUCAGAACAGGCUGACGGACCUGGAGAUACUCGCACUGCUGAUUGCUGCCUUAAGCCAUGAUCUGGAUCACCGCGGUGUCAAUAACUCUUACAUACAGCGAAGUGAACACCCACUUGCUCAGCUGUACUGCCAUUCAAUCAUGGAGCACCAUCACUUUGAUCAGUGCCUGAUGAUCCUUAAUAGUCCUGGCAAUCAGAUUCUCAGUGGCCUCUCCAUUGAAGAAUAUAAGACCACGCUGAAGAUAAUCAAGCAAGCUAUUUUAGCUACAGACCUAGCACUGUACAUAAAGAGACGAGGAGAAUUUUUUGAACUUAUAAGAAAAAAUCAAUUCAACUUGGAAGAUCCUCAUCAAAAGGAGUUGUUUUUAGCGAUGCUGAUGACAGCUUGUGAUCUUUCUGCAAUUACAAAACCCUGGCCUAUUCAACAACGGAUAGCAGAACUUGUUGCCACUGAAUUUUUUGACCAAGGAGACAGAGAGAGAAAAGAACUCAACAUAGAACCCACUGAUCUAAUGAACCGGGAGAAAAAAAACAAAAUCCCAAGUAUGCAAGUUGGAUUCAUAGAUGCCAUCUGCUUGCAACUGUAUGAGGCCUUGACCCAUGUGUCGGGGGACUGCUUCCCUUUGCUGGACGGCUGCAGAAAGAACAGGCAGAAAUGGCAGGCCCUUGCAGAACAGCAUGAGAAGACACUGAUCAAUGGUGAAAGCAGCCAGACCAAGCGGAACUGAGAGGCCUGUCCACGCAGAGCUGAAGUUGACAGAUGGUGUUUCUGCAGUAUGCCUAGUUUUGCUAUACACUGUACAGAUUUGGUGUAUACUUUGCCACUGCUGUAUUUUUAUUUUUGCACAACUUUUGACAGCGUAGCAUGAAAUGUUUUUAGAGGACUGUUGCAUAUUUUCUGUGUAUCUGUUUUAUGCCACUGAACUGAGAUUAUCAAUGACACCCACUCUUAGCACAUGGAUAAGAGCACUGUUUGUAAUAUUGUGUGUACUGCGAAGUACACGUUGCAUUCUUGCACGGAGGCUUUUUUUUUCCCCUGGGGAUUUUAAGUAAUUGGUUUUGUGUUUUCUGAAUUAUCAAUCUUUCAAGAAUGUUUGGAAUCUUUUCUUUCUUAAAAGUAAUCUGGGAGAAAACUGAAUAUAUUCGGUGACAUUUACAACCUUCACAGAAUAGAGAAAAAUGUUAGCUUUUAAAGCUUGUUGGAUUUUAAAAGGAAUGGGCUAUAUUUUUCAACACUGUAUUACCUUAACAAAAGAAAGUUAAAAGUCUAAACAAAUGGAAAGUACUAUAAGGCAGUAUUGUAAAGAAAAGGCAUUACUGAAUUAAUUUGGUUUUUUUGUUGUUGUUAGAGAACAGGCAAGAGAGAAAUUUCUUAUUUCAGUGCAAUACAUCUACCCAAAGGUUACCCGUAAAUGCUCGCUUCAACCUAACAGACCUGGUGGAGAGCAGGAGCCUGGGAAGAAGACCCAGCCCCUGAGUCCCGGGGAUGAGCAGCUGCAGAAAUGGAGCGGCCAGGACAGCUCCACGGACGACACUCCUGACAGUCAGGGGGUCACACACCGAGCUUCCUUUUCGCUCGCCUCACGGGUCACAGUUGUAAGUCAACACUUUGAAACCCAACAAGGAAGAGAAAGAAAGAGAUCACGGGCGCACAGGCCCGAAGUGAGCUGUGACCACUCAGGAUAAGGGGGUAUGCACCCUACACUGGCCCCUGACCUCAUACUUGGUAGGAUUUAUUUCUCAGACAUUUAGAAAACGCUAAUGUUUUCUUAGAACUUGAGCUCAUUUAACUGUAUUCCCACGGUACAUAUGUGCCCAUAAAGACACUUGUAUUCCAUAUGAGAGAAGUAGAUAACGAACUGAGAACCUGGUUCGGGAAAAGAAAAUCUGCUCUAAACUUUAGUGCGGUAAUGUUUAGACUUGGGGAAGAAUAGGAAAACAGGCAUUUCAUCUGUUCACGUCCUUCCACAUCCCUGAAAAAAGUUUGAGUUUCUAUCAUUGGUUUGGAUAGAAAAGCUUUUGGGGAUAUGAUAAUGCAGCAUUCUAGAAGAAUUUUCACUAAAACAUAUUUUCCAUUUAUAUGGAAAAUAAAAUAGGAUGUUUUUCCCUAAGCAUCCUAAAAUUCAACAUGUAAGUUUGUAAAAUUCUAAGUGUGUAUAUGUAUCUUGACAUAAAGUAAUUUUAUUCUUACCCUUCAGUUUAAACAAAACCAAACAAAACAAACUGUAUGGCCAUCAUUUUGUAGUGGAAGGGAGAGUCUAGAGGGUCAUCAGUUGUUAAAUGCUGUAUGUGUUGCUGUGGUGACACUUGUAGCUUCAGCGUGUUAUUCUGGUUUUUUUAAGUCAUACACAUGAGAUCUGAGAGUUUGCCUCUUGGUGGCACUGGUGUGUAAGUUACACAGACUGUCACUAACAUAUCUUCAUGCCAAUAUAUGCCCAUGCAUGCAUACUCAGUUUCUUAGUACAGAAAAAUCAUUUGAAGAAUAUGUCUUUUUAGUAACCUAUCAUUUUACCAUACACAUUGUGAUUUAGUGGUUAUGCUAAAAUCUGUAGUCAAAUAUUUCAGCAAUUUGUUCAGAGCCUCUCAUGUAUGUCAUUAAGAUUUUUACAGACAUAGUAGACUAUAGAGAAUUUGUAUGUACGUCAUUUUAACAAGUAAGAGGACAUAUUUAGAAAUUCUUGGUUUACUUUUAGAUAAUGGCUUAUUUUACCUUACUAGUUUAGAAACUGAAAGAAGUUGGGCAAUGCUAUGCCUAUUUUAUCUUUGGAUAUUUUAGUUCAUACAGAAGAAGAGUGCUUCUUGAAGCCUGGUUAGUUGGUUCAAACAAUUUUUAACUCUUAGGAAAAUCAUUCCAUACAUGGAUUAAUACCUGGUACAUGGGCACAAAUUUUGUUCUUAUGUGAAUAUUUCCUUUCCAGUAUCUUCUCAAGUUGGGGGAAAAUAAAUACAUAUAUAUAUAUAUAUAU